AUGAUCAACACCUCUGCCAUAAUUGUUUUCGCCAAGACCACCUUGCUCGCAAUUGUCAAUCGAAAUUCUCUUGCCGUCAUUGCAAAAGGCGACACCAUUCACUGCUUCACCCAGGCUACCACCCACUCGAGAACGAUCAUCCAUCCGCAACAUUACGCACCGUGCCUUCAACUUCCUACACACCUAAGCCUCAUCAGACAAGACACAGUAGUAAACAACAAACGAACACCCCCAUCGAUGAAUGCUGUCACUGCUCAGACUACCAACUCAUCACAAAUAUCAAACGCUAAUGUUUUGCUGUCGACGGUCGUGCUGAUGGUUGUUGAUUGCCACGGACGAGAGCAUCCAGCGCGAGCAUUAUUGGACAAUGGCUCGCAAUCCAAUAUCAUCAGUGAACGACUAUGCCAACUUUUGCGGUUGAAACGGAAUAAAAUAAGCGUCCCUGUGUUUGGUGUCGGUGAGUCUUCCUCUAGUGCAAAUCACUCCGUCACUACCACUAUCCGAUCGAGACACUCUGAUUUUGAGAUCAAUCUUGGCUUUCUCGUUAUGCCCCGUAUUACAAUCGAUUUGCCCGUAAUAUCCUCUCCGACGAAUGAUUGGCAUGCACCCAAAAACCUACCUCUUGCUGACCCGUCUUUCCACAAAACCGGUGCCAUCGACAUGCUUCUUGGAGCUGAACACUUUUUCUCCUAUGUGAACCCCGGUGGCCGAAUCGAGAUGGAAAAUGGUCCCAUUCUCAUCGAAAGCGUAUUCGGUUGGAUCGUUUCCGGAAAAAAACCAAAUACUCGUCAGUUCGCCCCCGUAGUAUGUCACGUCUCACUUUCCGAUCCUCUCCAUGAAGCACUGGAGCGUUUCUGGCGCAUCGAAGAAGUUGACAACAAGCAAAGUUACUCGGUGGAAGAACAGCAGUGUGAAUCUCACUACGUUUCCAGCGUCUCCCGCACAGCAGAGGGAAGGUAUAUCGUCCGUUUGCCUCGUCAUAUCAAUUUCGAUCACAUGCUUGGUGAGUCGAAAUCUUCUGCCCUUCGUCGCUUUCAUAGCCUCGAAAAACGGCUGAGCAAAGAACCCCGUUUGAAAGACGAAUACCACACAUUUUUAGCUGAGUACUUGGAACUUGGCCAUAUGAGGUUUGUCCCGCCGACCGAAGCCGAUCCCCCUCAGGUCCACUAUUUACCUCAUCAUGCCGUACUAAAAGAAGCCAGUACCACUACCAAAGUACGGGUGGUGUUUGACGGAUCUGCCAAAACAUCCACCGGUUACUCCUUAACGAUGCCCUUCAAGUAG